UCAAAACCGGUGUUUGAUCGUUCGUCAUUGGAAAACGUCGCGGACAAAACGUCGUCGGUCGGUGGCAUACGUUCCUGCGGGGCGGUCGAAGAGAAAGAGAUAAAAAAAAAGAAAGAAACGCGAUCACGUGAGGCGCAGUCACGUCGAGUAGCAACGAUUCCGUUUCAAAGGAUGGACUGAGUCGAAACACAGUCAGUGAAGGAACGCGGUCGAAACUCCAAGUGGCACAAUCGCGGGCUCGAUACAAAGUAAUACGUAGACGCGCGAAAAAGGGGCUGGAAGCAACUAUGCGCUAACUCGAACUAAUCGAUCUAACGCGUUCCGCGUGACCACGAGCACAGGUAUGCAUUACAACGCGCAAGGGAUUUUCGAAGACUCGUAUUUACGGCAGCGGCAACAAGAGCAUCAACAGCAACGACAGCAGCAGCAACCUCAGUCGUACGGUGUCCGACAAAAGAUCCGCGAUCCGAGUUGCUCGCCGAGAUCGGAUGAGACGCGAUCGCCCGGAUCCGAAGUGAGAGGCGAAGUGAUCGAGUCGUCGGAAGGUACACGUUUCGCAGAAAACGGCUCUCCUCUGGAGCUCGUAGACGAAUCGCGAAUGUCGAGGUACCGCGAGGAACUUGACGCGAAAAGACCCUCCUUCUCGAAGCAGGAGCACGAAUCCGCCAGCUUUUUUCAAGACCCGGAUACGAAUACCAGUGUAAAGUGUUUCACCGAGGAAAUGGUGUCCGCAACGGUGGCGACUCAUUAUAGGGAACCGAACAAUUCGCCUGGGAGCAUCUCGCCUCAGGAGUACGCGGUUCACUCGACGGACAGACGUUCUCACAGUUCUCUCGGUAAAACGUCUUUUUGCAUCGACGCGCUCCUCGGCCGGGCGACCGGAAAACAGGAAACCCUUGAACACGAACGGAAUCAGAGAUUAUUGUUUACGACGCGAAAUCCUGUCAUCGAUGCCAGUCCCUGCUUAACGAACUCGUUGGUCCGUGGACACGAUCGAGAAUCCUCCGGCGCCCUCGGAGGUGUCGUCAUCGGCGUCGGUGCUGGAUGCGAAACCGGAGCUGGAAACGAAAUCGCGCUUCCGCUUGGGACCGCAGGAACCGAAGAGCAGAGAAGCUCGUCUCUUGGGAGCCUUCUGAAUCCAUUCGACAGGUCCGUCGCCCAGCACGGGUCGAAUUCGCCGUCGAAUUUGGAACACGUUCGCGAAGGAUGCGACAGACAAGAUAUCCGUCAUGACCGAUCCGUUCGGGACGUCCCUCUAUCCGGUGUUCGCGUAGAAUCUAUGGAAGCGACGACGACCGUACCGAUUCAUCGCGACAAGGCGGCUGGAAUCGGCAACGGAGGGUUUCGCGUCGACAGAUUAGAAAAUAUCGAAGACGACACUUCGAUCGAGAUCGACCCGACGAGAACCGGGAGCGCCAGCUCGGGAAGCAACGCGAGCCACAGUCCCGUCUCGAGUCCUCCUAUUUCACCGGGAUCGGAGGAACCAAGUAGCAACACCGUUCCCGGUAAUCCGAAUUUACCGAGUGGUCACUAUGGUGCGCUUGGCAGUAGUGCUGGUGUAGCUCGACAAAAUCAAGCUCUCCUCUUACAUCCGAGUGGCCCUUUGAUACAUCCUGGAGGAUUGUACUAUCAUCCUGCGGGCGGGAGCGCGUUCCACUCGAUACACAAGGAAGGUCAGCCCGUCGGACAUUCGCAGAGUGCCGGGGCUCAUCCUCAGCAGCAUCACAUCCAUCCACUCCAACUGGAGUGGUUAGCUAGGACUGGAAUGUUAUAUCCCAGGUUACCCGCCGAUUUGGCCGGUUGCGCAGCUCAGCACGCUCUUCUUGGGAAAACUAGAAGGCCGAGAACCGCUUUCACGUCGCAACAGCUCUUGGAAUUGGAAAAACAAUUUAGACAGAACAAGUACCUCAGCAGACCGAAGAGAUUCGAAGUAGCCACUUCGUUAAUGCUCACAGAGACACAGGUGAAAAUCUGGUUUCAAAACCGGCGGAUGAAAUGGAAGAGGAGUAAAAAGGCGCAACAAGAGGCGCGGGCGAAUAACAAAGUCGAGGAUGGAGGAAAUGUAAGAAGUAGCGAGAGGGAAACUGGAGGCGAGCCGAAUCCAAAUUCGCCAAGCCCACAGGAGGAUACCAAAGGAACGCUACAGGAAACACAGAGGAACACGACUGAACUUCAGGAACCGCUUUAUCGACCGUAUGUGGUGUAAAAACUUUUUGACCAAAAGGAAGAAACAGCAGAUGUAGUGUGUUGUGCCAAAUAAGAACUGACGAUAACGAAUAAGUUAUAAUCACGCGUGCUCGUUACUCCGUAGAGUAACCAGACACGAUUUUCAUUUGGCGUGAUGCAUUCGAUCGUUCUCGAAGAGGAUUCGCAAUAUUACACAAACAUUAGCUAAUAGAGAAUGUACGCAAAAUGGUCAAAUAAAUUUUGAAAGUACAUUGGAAAAAAAUUGCGUACUACAUACAAGCUCGCAGUACGGGGUGAUCUUUUAAUUGUUCCUUCGUUAAUUGUCUGAAAGUGUCUUGGUAAAUUUAUAAAUUGGUAACAAUACGCUCACUUAUUCACGUCUAUAAUUGGAAAGAUAUUAUAACGAUAACGCAUCACCCUGUAUCUGUAUCCGCUACGUACAUUGCUGUGUAUCAUUGCAAACUUGUGUAAAUAAAGGGAACAAAACAACAAUUAGCGAUUAAUUAUCGUAUGAUCGCGAUCACUAUCAUUGACAACGAUGCGACUACAAAAUUAAAUUAAGAGCGCUCUUCGGUGUUCCCUUGAAUUGUUUUCAAAUGUUUCUAUAUAUUGAAGGCGCGUAAGAGCGUAAAAGCUUUUAUUCCGACGGCACAUACGAGAGAAGGUAAGAUACGAGAUUGAGAAGAAUCGUGUUCUCGUGACGCGAAUCGCAUCGACAAUUGUAUAAAAUCAUUGAUUAGAGCGAGAAAGCUAUACGCACCUUCAAAAUUCGAUCCUCUUUGACUGUAACUCUACUCUAACGUUGCUCUAGAAUUGAGAACACGUACCUAUUUAUGAUUAUGAAAUUAUAUAUUAUUGUAAAUAAUAUUCGUAUACGUCUAGGGUAGAAAGUGCGAUGCGAGGAAAACGUCAUAUUAUGUCGCAACA